AAGGCGCAGGUGCCAUUGCGGGGCGGGGACCGGGGUCGGGCAUUUCUGGGCCGGGCUCCUCACACACGUUGUCGGGAUCGUCCUUCCGCCCGACCUCGACCGCCUUUUGGACCCCCUGGCAGUUUCUCCCCGUCGGGUGAAUGAGAGGUGGCCGAGCGGCGCCGGGCAGCGCCUGACGCCGGGCCGAGCGCCAGCCAUGUCGAGGAGCACCGGCUCGCAGAACGGGCGGCCCGGCGGGUCCCUGCUGCCCCGUGGGGCGAGCCCCGGUGUCUCGCUCGGCCGGGACGCAGAGCCGAGAGCCGCCGCUCCGCUGCCUCCGCCGCUUCCCCUGCAGCCUCCCUUCGGCCCCGCGGAGGCCAGCCCCGCGCCGGCCGAGCUCAAGCCGGUCCGCCGGUUCAUCCCGGACUCGUGGAAGAACUUUUUUAGAGGGAGACGCCACAACGACUCCAGCUGGGACAGCACGGCCUCCGACAUCAGGUACGUCUCGGACGGGGUCAAGUGCUCGCCGCCGGCCUCUCCUGCAUGUCUACCGUCGGAGCGCAAGUCGGUGUCCGGCUCCUACAAGGAUCCAUACGGAGGUUCGGGCGGGAGCUACACGUCGCGGAAGGAGGCCGAAGCCAUGCUUCCCGCGGAGCCCUUCGGGUCACUGGAGCGCCGAACCGGUCAGACGUACAGCGAGCGGGUGGAGGCCUACCACCAGCGGUACGCCUACAUGAAGUCCUGGGCAGGCUUGCUCAGAAUCCUGUGUGUGGCCGAGCUGCUGCUGGGUGCCGCUGUCUUCGCCUGUGUCACGGCAUAUGUGCACAAGGACAACAUGUUCGGGUACUCGCAGCCCUACGGCUAUGUGGUUGGCAACACCUACGGAGGCUAUUCCUAUGGGGGACCCAAAACGCCCUUUGUGCUGGUGGCGGCUGGAAUGUCGUGGGUAGUCACGGUAGUGCUGCUGGUGCUGGGCAUGUCCAUGUACUACCGGACUAUUCUCCUGGAUUCCAACUGGUGGCCUCUGACCGAGUUCGGAAUUAACUUGGCCCUCUUCUUUCUGUACAUGUCAGCUGCCAUAGUGUACGUGAAUGAUAUCAACAGAGGUGGGCUCUGCUAUUACCAGCUGUUUCAGACACCGAUAAAUGCGUCUUUUUGCCGUGUAGAAGGAGGUCAGACAGCAGCAAUUGUAUUCUUGUUUGUCACGGUAAUCAUCUAUCUAAUUAGUGCGGUGGUUUCUCUGAAGUUAUGGAGGCAUGAAGGAGCUAGGAGGCACAGGGAAUUAAUGGAACAGGAGAUGAAAACACAGCCCCCCUUUCCAGAAAAGAAGUAUGAAAGUGAUGACAGACCAAGAGAAGAAGUCAAUUACAGGCAGCUUAAAUCAGUGGAAAGAAAACCAGAAGUACUUAAUGGUCAUAUACCUGCAGGCCACAUUCCUAAACCUAUAGUGAUGCCAGACUACUUAGCGAAAUACCCAGCCAUUCAAACAAAUGAAAUGCGAGACAGGUACAAAGCAGUAUUCAAUGAUCAGUUUGCUGAGUAUAAAGAGCUGUCAGUGGAAGUUCAUGCUGUAUUGAAAAAAUUUGAUGAGCUGGAUGCAUUGCUGAGACAGCUUCUUCACCAUCCUGAAAGCAUACAUGAGCAGGAAAGGAUAUCAAAAGUUCUGAAAGAAUACGAGAAGAAGAAAAAUGAUCCUGCAUUUCUGGAGAAAAAGGAGCGUUGUGAAUACCUAAAGAAUAAGCUUUCCCACAUAAAACAACGAAUUCAGGACUAUGAUAAAGUUAUGAAUUGGAGUGUAGAAACUUAGCUAUGCUUUCACUUUGUGGAUGUUAUUUUCUAUGUUUUAAAUUGAUAUGUGUAUUUUAAACUAUUUAUUUGCUCUCAGAACAAUUAAGGGGAUUACGUAAUCACUGUUGCUUAUCUGGAUGUUGUACAUUAUUGGUAGGUUUUGUAUGCAGAUCCAGUUUUAAAUCAACGUAGUGAAGUUAUCUGGUAAGUUUAGAAAACCUGUGCUAACAUUCUGUUCUUACUAACACAGUACAAAGCCUGGCCUCUUAAGUAUGAAUACUUUGAUUGAAAAUACUGUACUUGCAAACUUGCAAAGCACACUGGAGAAAGCAGUUCUAAAUACCAUGUCAAAAGUGUGCAGAGAUGCUGUUAACAAUUUCAGAUUCUAUUUAUAGGUGACAUUUUAAUGAUAGCGAAAAGCAUUGCACUGUUCUUUCUUGCUGGGGUUUAGUGGAGUGCUUAAUCAUGCUGAAUAAUUUUGGCAAGUCGAAAAUCAAUUUAAUAAGACUUUGUACUGUGUUUCCAAAAGCUUUGUUGUAUGUCAGAAAUCAUCUGGAAUUUUGCCCGAAAGGUGCAAAAUCACUUCCUAUUUAGAGAGUGGGGUGGGCGGAAGGGGUAGGUUGUGUUGGGGUUUUGUUGGUUGGUUUUGUUUUUUGUUUUGGGGGGUUUUGUGUCUGUGAUUGGUUUGGGGGUUUUUGUUUGUUUGUUUGGUGUUUUGUUGUUUGUGGGGUUUUUGGUUUUUUUUUGUGGUUUGUUUUAUUCACCUCUUUCAAUGUAAUGCAACAAAUUUACACAUGGCCUUAAGGGAACAGAGGUCCAGGAUGAGACUUGUGUUAAUGUUCCAUUAAUGUUGCUAUAGGCUAGUACCUUUGCACACCUUUUCUAGGUCAUCCUGGAAGGAAACAAUAGGUUUAAAGGCAAAACACUUUAUUCUUUGUCAGCAAGUAACAGGAUGUUUUGUGUAAGCAGCAGCUGUCUGUGAACUUGGCAUUCAGAGAGCAAGUGCUGCAAAAUUAAUUCUCAUCAAGAAUAUAAAUUAUUAGUAUCCUUUAUAAGGCCAAGAAAAAUGUUUUAAUAGACAUGCUUUCCAGAGUGUAUCUGCAUAAAUUCAAUAUACAUUUUUAUACUUUACCUUGGGGAUAGAUUUGUAUAUGCAAAUGUUUUCAUAAACUUAUAAACUUUCUUUGUAUCUUUUCCACAUUUUUGUUUACUUUUUUUACUUACUAAAAUUGUUAGAAGCAUUGAUAGUUUCUUUGUACAGUUUUCUACAACUGCCAUUUAUCU